AAUUCAGGCACCAGGAGAAGGCCAAGAGGCUCCAGGCGGGUGUUUUGUUACAAAGGCAAGGCCCCAGGUCUGCUUAGAGCGAGCGAGGCAAGUAAAGGAGGCAGCCAGGUGGGCCCCACACCGCCUGACAGUAUGGAUUAUAAAUCGAGCCUGAUCCAGGAUGGGAACCCUCUAGAGAACCUGGAGAAGCAGCUGAUCUGUCCCAUUUGCCUGGAGAUGUUUACCAAGCCGGUGGUCAUCUUGCCCUGCCAGCACAACCUCUGCCGGAAGUGCGCCAACGACAUCUUCCAGGCCGCAAACCCCUACUGGACCAACCGGGGCGGCUCGAUGUCCAUGUCUGGAGGCCGUUUCCGCUGCCCGUCCUGCCGCCACGAGGUGAUCAUGGAUCGUCACGGAGUGUACGGCCUGCAGAGGAACCUGCUGGUGGAGAACAUCAUUGACAUCUACAAGCAGGAGUGCUCAAGUAGGCCCCUGCAGAAUGGCAGCCACCCCAUGUGCAAGGAGCAUGAAGACGAGAAGAUCAACAUCUACUGCCUCACGUGUGAGACGCCCACGUGCUCCAUGUGCAAGGUGUUUGGGGCCCACAAGGCCUGCGAGGUGGCCCCGCUACAGAGUGUCUUCCAGGGACAAAAGACUGAACUGAGUAACUGUAUCUCCAUGCUGGUGGCGGGGAACGACCGUGUGCAGACCAUCAUCGCUCAGCUGGAGGACUCUAGUCGAAUGACCAAGGAGAACAGUCACCAGGUGAAGGAAGAGCUGAGCCAGAAGUUUGACGUGCUAUACGCCAUCCUGGAUGAGAAGAAGAGUGAGUUGCUACAGCGGGUCACGCAGGAGCAGGAGGAGAAGCUCAGCUUCAUUGAGGCCCUCAUCCAGCAGUACCGGGAGCAACUGGACAAGUCCACUAAGCUGGUGGAGACAGCCAUCCAGUCCCUGGAUGAGCCUGGUGGAGCCAUCUUCCUCUUGAGUGCCAAGAAACUCAUUAAAAGCAUUGUGGAAGUUUCCAAGGGUUGCCAGCUGAGGAAGACAGAGCAGGGCUUUGAAAACAUGGACUACUUUACUUUGGAUUUGGAGCACAUAGCAGAUACCCUGAGGGCCAUCGAUUUUGGGACAGAUGAGGAAGAGGAAGAGUUCACUGAAGAAGAUGAUCAGGAAGAGGAAGAGUCCACAGAGGGGAAGGAAGAAGGACACCAGUAAGGAGCUGGAGGAGGAAGAGACCCUCUAGAUGCAGAGAGACUGGGGAGGGUGGGGAUGGGCCCAGCUGCCUUGGUGACAGGCCCAGGGUGGGAGGGGUCGGGGCCCCUGAGGGGGCAAUGGGGAGGUGUGUCUUCUCUCUGCUCAAGAGCAGGGACUAGGAGUAGGACCCCCACCGCUGUGUCCAGCAGUCACUGAAGCAGAGCUGGAAAUGUGCUUGAAACAACCACACAGGACACUUUUCUACAUUGGUGCAAAAUGGAAUGUUUUGUACAUUUUUAAAAUGUGAUUUUUGUAUAAACUUGUAUAUGUAUGCCAAUUUGGUGCUUUUUGUAAAGGAACUUUUGUAUGAUAAUGCCCGGUCAUUGUGUGACUGGCGACUGUUAGAUAGAAGGGAAGGAAGCCAGGUUGUUACAGCUGCCCCUGUCCCUUCCUGGCUGGGAGGGCUGGUAGCGCUCGCAAACCUGGAAGGGAUAAUAUUCUGUAUUUCAGUGCCUAUCCCCGACAGAGGGGAUGGUGACUGAGUUUGUUACAUGUUGUUUUAAUAAAUGCACAGAGCUCUCUUCCUGUUAUUACUAAAGGA